UAGCUUAUGUGAUUUAUAAUGGAUUUGGGUACAUUGUUAUUUGUAAAGCUGCACAGGAAAACUGUUUGAAGCAUUGUGUUAAUACGGUACAGUACGUACUCUAUAUGUAAUUUAAUAAAAGCCAAUAAUUGUACAGUACAGUACAAUAAUUAGCUAACUCAGUGAUGUGCCAGGCAUGUCCAUUUUAAUGCAGAAAAGCUUUUUUGUAGUUUUUAAAGACAAGAAAAGUUUGUCAAUAGCUCAUUUAAUUUUAAUGAAAGUGAAUAGCAUUGGAUAUUUAUUACUAUCUUACUAUCAGUACUCAACACAUUCUAUGUAACAGUCUUCAAAUUAUAAAAAUUACCUUAAGUACAGUAGCUGUGCUGUAUUAUAAAACAACUCAAUAAGAAAUUUCAGUAAAUUAACUUUUCAACAAAAUGAAGCGCAAUAAAUUCGAUUUUUUUAUAAUGUAUAAUACUGUACUGUGUCUCCAGUACUGCAGCUAAGAUAGUUCCUGUAAGCCUUGUUAGGCUUAGAAACUGAAUAAUUCCUUCGUAUAAAGAAAAAGUUAUAUUGAAGAGAGAGAGAACGAUAAAACUGUACCGGUCAUUGUGAAGGAUGUGGUAACUUUUUCUUACACCAAUGAACGGAAAUGGAGUCUUCAUUAAGGGACUCGGCCAUAGGCAAGGUGGGGCUGGACAGAGCUGAUGAAUGGACCGGAAGAGGAGGAACUGCUGGAGGCCGGCCGGGUCAAAUAACCGUCAAGACUCACCAGUGUCCCUACUGUCCCUACACCUCCCACGUUACCACUAACUUAAAGAACCACAUGCGUACUCAUACUGGCGAAAAACCAUUUUCAUGUCCUUAUUGUUCGUUUUGUUCGGCAACUAAAGAAAACUUGAAAACACACAUACGUACCCAUACCGGUGAAAAACCAUUUUCCUGCCCAUAUUGUUGCUAUUGUUCGGCUUCAAAAGAAUAUUUAAAGACACACAUUCGUACUCACACUGGCGAGAAACCGUUUUUGUGUCCAUAUUGCCCGUAUCGUUCUGCCCGGAAGGAUACUCUGAGGACCCACGUUCUGACUCAUCAGUCCUAAUGCUGGGACAUAGGUAUGGUACUACUGUACAGUAUUAAGAUGUAUGAUGCCACUUUUUGGACAAUUUUAUUCAUGUAUUUGUAGUGAAAUUAUUUAUAUGCAAAAUGGGUUUUAUAAAUAGUGCUUCUUGUGAAUAUGUGUACUGUACUGUACACAUGCUAUACUAUAUUGUACUGUAACUGUACUGUAUUGUUCUGUACUGUG